CUUAUACAUUUGUACAUUUCUUUAAUCUUGGGUUAUCAGAAUUGGAUUUAUCAAGCAAAGGGUCGUCUUGGGAUCAACUAUUUAAAGACUUAACUGUAUUAAUAGAUUCAUCAGGUAGAAAAUUAAUUAUAUUAAACACUGUAAACAUCGGGGAUAAAAGAUUGGUGACAAACAAUAACUUGACUUUGAAGACAGGAUGUUUAAUGCGAUGCUGCAGAUGGAUUUGGUGUACGUUCUACUGGCAUUCGUGUGGACGCCUCGGGUGGCAAACGCCGAUAGUUUACCUAUAGUCAUUACAACAUGGUACUUUGGCCUGAAUCCGACCAAUACAGCUUGGGACGAGUUACAAACUCCGGGGAAGCUGCCAUUAGAUGCAGUCCAGAAAGGCUGCGAAUGGUGUGAGGACAACUUUUGCUCCAGUGGGGUGGGCUAUGGCUACAAACCUGACGAAAGCGGAGAGAGCACUCUUGAUGCUCUAGUCAUGGACGGAAAGACGCAUGAUGUUGGCGCCGUGGGUGGACUUAGGAGGGUCCAAAAUGCAAUAGGUGUCGCUAGAGCAGUGAUGAAACAUACAUCUCAUACACUUAUUGUCGGUGAUGCAGCAACUGAAUUCGCCAAAUCGAUGGGAUUCGAGGUCAUGCCAAACGCAUCUUUAAGUAAUACUUCAGAUAAUACAUAUUGGACUUGGAGGCAGAACGAUUGCCAACCUAACUUUAGAAAGAACGUUAAACCAGCCGGAAAGUGUGGACCCUAUUACCCAGCAGACCAACCAAGUGAUUUCAACAGACGAACUUCAUUUAACAAGCGAGACACGCGAGAGGACGCUUCCAAAAUUUGGGACGUACCUGGCUCUCCAAGCGACCACGACACAAUAUGUGUCAUAGCCAUUGGCGCUAAUAAGGACGCCGCUGUCGGAGUCACUACAAAUGGCCUUAGAUUUAAAGUUCCUGGACGUGUUGGUGAUUCUCCCAUACCAGGGGCGGGCGGCUAUGUGGAUAACGAAGUGGGUGGUGCCGCUGCUACGGGAAACGGCGACAUUAUGAUGCGCUUUUUACCAAGCUACCAUGCAGUAGAGUUGAUGCGGCAUGGGGUGAGCCCUGAGAGAGCGGGACAGGACGCUAUCAGAAGAAUUCUAAAACAUUACCCUGACUUCAAUGGUGCGAUGAUAGUGGUAAACAACAAAGGAGAAUACGGAGCGGCAUGCAGUCCGGGUUAUAAAACAUUCCCGUAUUUUGUGAGAACUGGGGACAUGACAAAUGCAACGAGGGUUGAUAUAAACUGUACGAUACCUGACGAACCAGUCUUCCCAACAACAACGCCAGUGUCCAAUACACCUGCGGGUACAACUGUGACAUCGUCUGCUACAAGUACCUCAUAUAGACAUGUGCUAUGCUCAAAAACAUUCCAAUGGGCAAUUUUGGUUAUAUUAGGAGGAGUUUAUUGUUUCAAAUAG